AUGUGGCCUGAUCCGCUAGAUGACGAAUCAGGCAUUAUUGGACUUGUUGUUGUUGUAGCACGCGAAGAAGAUGUUUGCAAUGAACGAUCCUGUUAUCCGGCCACCGGGAACCUCUUGAUUGGCCGGAAGGAUAGGCUUAGUGCAACAUCGACGUGCGGUCUCCGAGGUCGUCAGCGCUACUGCAUCGUUUCUCAUCUGGAAGAGCAAACUAAAUGUUUCUACUGCGAUAGCAGAACAGAAUGGCGGCCACAUCGAGAGCCUUACAAGCUCAGCCACAGGAUUGAAAAUGUUGUGUCAGAAUCGUACGAGGAUCGGAACAGAAACUGGUGGCAGUCAGAAAACGGUGUGCAAAAUGUCUCGAUACGACUCGAUCUUGAAGCGGAAUUUCAUUUCACUCAUCUCAUCAUCACUUUCAAAUCGUUUCGUCCGGCUGCUAUGAUAAUCGAACGUUCGGCCGACUACGCUAAAACAUGGCUCGUUUCAUCCACAUCUUUUGUAAAUACAGCAACUCUCGCAGAAAUUCGUGUUAGAGUAACUUGUAUACAUAGACGAAAUUCCGAUAAAAUUGUUUGGUCUCCUUAUCGUUACUUUGCUUAUGAUUGCCAGAACACAUUCCCGAAUAUUCCGGAAGGCCCACCGAAGAAACACACAGAUGUCAUUUGUACCAGACGAUACAGUGAUGUUGCACCUUCUACAGGAGGCGAGUUGGUUUACAAAGUGAUAUCACCGCAUAUUCCGACAGAGAAUCCGUAUGCAGAUGAGAUCGCCAAUUUACUGAAAGUAACAAAUAUUCGAAUGAAUUUCACCAAACUUCAUACGCUUGGCGACGACUUGUUAGACUACAGGCCCGAAAUAGAUGAGAAAUACUACUAUGCAAUCUAUGAACUGGUCGUUCGUGGGUCGUGCUCGUGCUACGGACAUGCACAGCGAUGUAUACCCAUGGACAAUAGUGCCUCAGUUCCUGUUCCUUAUCGUGCUGACAUGGUAUUCAGUUUUUAUGGUACUAACUGA